AUGAAAACUAAGGAUUUUCCCCAUAAUAAUUUCAAUACUAUUGAAGACAUACUCUUGUCAAGCAUCUCUAUAAUUCAAAAAAGUGUUAAAGAUAUCAUUGAACGAGAUAACAAACUAUCCACUUAUGAAAAAAAUGGAAACAACAUCAAUCUCAGAUUAUAUUACCCAAACCACCAAAUAUCCGAUGAACAUAUAAUUCAUUUCAGCAAAUACACAGAUAUAGAAAAGAUCUCAUUCGACAAAAAGAAAAAGAAAACUCUCUUUAUCUCUCUCUCAAAAGAAAACCUACAUAAUCUCCUUAAUGAAAGAGAUACCACCAACAAGAUGAACAAGUUCAUCACGCACUGUGACGAUUACCAUAUGGUAAUUGGAAAUUUUUAUGUUCUCAAAAUAUGUGCAUAUGUAGCUGCUUUGGUGAUUGUUGAAAAAUAUAUUUUAUUUUUUAUUAUUUUUUUUUAUAACAAAAUCAAUCAACUAAUCAAUGAACAUAUACUAGGGGUCUCCACUGAUAAAGAAAUUGAUAGCAACAUUACCAUAAUCAAAAAAGAUUGUGUCGACUUUAAUGAUCCUGAUGAUGAUUACAAAGAAACUAUUUCUGAUAACGAAUCUAACAAUUCAACCAACACACUAGAUAACGAGGAAAUAAGCGAAACAUCUAGUUAA